CCGGCGCGGUUCGCCGGGCGGCGGGAGGAGGAGGAGGACCAGGAGGAGGAAGUGGUUAGUAGCCCCGAGGCUCGAUCCGGAGAUGAGGCUGCUGCACCUAUUGCACUUGAGUGGGCGCCUGGCGAUCCUCGGGUCCGCAGAGACUGCGCUCUGGGGUUUGAAGUCACUAAAAGGAAGCUGCAACAAUUUUUGUACUGCUAUUUGUAAAGAUGUCACUUAUAUGGAACUUAAAAACCUCUUGAAGUCCAAAAAAAUUAUGUUAAUUGAUGUUAGAGAACCAUGGGAAAUUCUUGAGUAUGGAAAAAUCCCCGGGUCUGUCAAUAUACCAUUGGAUAACGUAGAUGAAGCUCUACAGAUGAACCCAAAAGACUUCAAAGAGAAGUACAAUGAAGUAAAGCCAUCCAAAUCUGACAGUCUAGUGUUUUCUUGUUUAGCUGGAGUGAGAAGCAAGAAAGCUAUGGACACAGCAAUAUCUCUGGGCUUUAACAGUUAAUGUGAAAACUGGGGCAGAUUAACCAAUACACGUUGACUAUACUUUGAUAAAGAACAGAAAACUAGGACUUCCCUGGUGGCGCAGUGGUUAAGAAUCAGCCUGCCAAUGCUGGGGACAUGGGUUCGAGCCCUGGUCCAGGAAGAUCCCAUAUGCUGUGGAGCAACUAAGCCCAUGUGCCACAAUGAGUAAGCCUGCGCUCUGGAGCCCACGAGCCACAACUACUGAAGUCCGCACGCCUAGAGCCCGUGCUCCACAACAAAAGAAGCCACCGCAGUGAGAAGCCCACACACCACAAUGAAGAGUAGCCCCUGCUCGCUGCAACUAGAGAAAGUCCGCGCGCAGCAAUGAAGACCCAACAGAGCCAAAAAUAAAUAAAUUAAUUAAUUAAUUUAAAAAAAAAAGAAAACUAUUUCAUACCUCUACUUUGGAUGCCAAAAACACACAUGUAGGAGCCAUUAAUACAGGAUCUAUACUCUUCAGAGAAUACCUAAAAUAUGAUUAAACAAAGUUAAAUGUCAUUCAUAUAGAAAAACACAUAUGAAAAUAGAAUUCAUAUAGAAAACAUUUAUAUGGAAAAAAAUCAGGACAACUCUAUGGCAAACACACGAUUCACUUAUAUAAGGUUCAUCAACAUUAGAUAAGAGUUUCAAAUAAGCAUUAACAUAUUUCCAAAAUAACACAGCCCUACCUGGCAUAGAAUCUCUUAAAAUAGACCGUAGCAGUGGCAAUAACUUGUUGUCUUAAUUUAAGAUGUUCACCUAAUGCUUGGAUAACUAAAAGAAAAAUAAUAAAGUUAAAUGUAUUUGUGAAAUCAUUAUAUUAACAUUUAACAAUAACUUCAAUGCAGUUAAAUCAUGACUAUAUUCAUUUUUAACAAAGAGAAAAACCUUCACAUGCUAUAAAGCUCUACUUGGACCACAGUGGUCUAGUACUAGGAUUGCAAAUUUGUUAAAAAAUAUAUAGGUAUGCAUAAACAAUAACAAAAAAACAGAAACUGCCUCAUGGUAAAAUCUAUUCUUGAAUCAAGGAGGUUGAAUGAUAGGUAUUUCCCCUCUAUCUUCCAAGUAUUUUCAAUGCUCUUCAUAUUAUUACUAUUAUUAGACCCCUAUUAGCGUUAUAACUACUGCUUAAUAAAGUUUAUAAAAAACCCAAAAUGAAUCCUCAAAACAACAGAGAGGUAGGUUUGCAUAGAAGUGAACUGAGGGUGAGAAAGAUCCUGUGACAAAGUUACCAUGUGGCAGAGCAAGGAUCUUUUAACUCUAAAACUCUUCCAUCCAAAGCAAACUUGUAAGAUAGGAGUGACCAAUACAGGAUGUCAAUCCAAAGAAUCAUUUAUCCUCAAAGUACUUUGCUGUAGCCAAUCUUAAAUUAGGUUUAAUGAUGCAUUAUAAAGCUUAGGGAGAUUAAUAUUUUUAGACCAUCUUGAGUGUCUCUGACACGUCAGAUUCACAAAAGACUUUAAAUCACUUUAAAAAAAGAUAUAUAAGUUGUAAAAAGAAUACACAUGUAAAUAAAAAUGUAAGGUAGGGAUUAAAACAGCUCAUCACAAAUUACUACAGAAAAACAUUUUAAUUCACAGGUAACCAACUGUACCAAUUCAACCAAUUAAAGAAAAACUUUACCAUUUGUAAAAAAUAUCUGUAAUUUCCAAUACUCUUCUUCUGAGAGAAACUUUAAGUCCUUCUGGCGUUCCUUCAACAGAUCUUGUUUAUCCAAAAUCCACUGCAAACUAGAAAAAGCAAAGAUUCAGACAUCCUACAGAAAAUCAACUAACAAAGUUACAGGAAAUAUUCUAAGAUUGAAGAGGCUGUUAAUAUUCUGAGAAGUACAAAAUACAAGUAACCUUGAAAGACAAUAUUUUUCACAUUUCUUGAAACUCUGACACUGAGAAUUACCUAACUAAUAAAUGUAAAUAUGCCCUGAAAAAAUUCUGCUCUAAUCUUUUCUCUCUUCCUUCUCAGUCUAUCUCUCCCCACCCGACCUCUGUCACUAUUAUAGUGUAUUUCAUUGACUUUAAGACUGAAAUCAAGAUGUAUCUUCAGUGAUGCCUAGCAUUUUAAUGGGCAGUAAUGUUUACACUUUCUUAGUGAUAAAUAAUGGUGAAACUGACACUGACUGACGAUGCCUUAGAUUUGAAGUAUAUCUUCUCUCAGAUGUUCAUGAGUAACUAGAGUAAUAUUCCUACUUCACAAGUUCCAAUCAUGUUAAAAGCUGCUUCAGGGCUUCCCUGGUGGUGCAGUGGUUGAGAGUUCACCUGCCGAUGCAGGAGACACGGGUUCGUGCCCCGGUCUGGGAAGAUCCCACAUGCCGCGGAGCGACUAGGCCCGUGAGCCAUGGCCGCUGAGCCUGCGCGUCUGGAGCCUGUGCUCCGCAACAGGAGAGACCACAACAGCGAGAGGCCCGCGUACCAAAAAAAAAAAAAAAAGCUGCUUCAAAAUUUAUUUUACCAAUAGCCUCCACCUCCUGCCUAGUCUAGUCUAUUUUUAAACAGACAUGUAAUUGACGUGAUCCCCCAAAAUAUUCUGCAUCAUGCUUUUGUCACUCAGUAUGUAUUGGAAGUUUUACAUCAAUGAAUUUGUUAUUCAGCAUCCUUUUAAAUUGCUGCACAGCAUUAUGGAUGGAUCAUUAUUUAUUUAGUUAAUUCCUGUUGAUGGGCAUGUAAGUUAUCUUUUUCACUAUUACAAGUAAUGCUUUAAUGAACAUCUUUGUAAUUCACCCUUGUGUAUUUGAUUAAUAUUUGGAAUCAUUUCCUAGAACUAAUGGGUCAGUUUUGCUGGUAAUUUUGAUAUGCAUUGUCAGCUUGCCUUCCACACCAAUUUCCAUUCAGAGGAGUGACACAUAAGGGUGUCUUAAAAUACUUAACCCUACAGGUCACUGCCAAUCUUUUAAAUACUUUACAACUUAAAGGCAAAUUAGUAUCUCACUGUUUUUUUUUUAAUUUACUUCUAAGGUUAAACAUUUCUCCAUGCCUUUAUUGGUCAAAUAUAGUUCGUACAUCGUAACUCUAACAUGACCAUUUUUCUAAUGGGAUGGUCAUCAUUUUAUGAUUAAGAUAAUCUUAUGAUCUAAAAUUUGUGCAUUAUGGAUAAAAGAAUCAUUUCUUUGUCAAAUAUGCUCUAGACAUUCCCCAAGUUUAGCAUGAUCUCUCAGUAUUUAAUGAUUUGCAAUGCAGAAAUCUGAAUCACGUAUUUAUUCAAAUCUAUAUUUUACUUUGAUUUUGUGUUUGUCACACAUGGGAAGGCCUUCCCUGACACAAAAUGAUUUAAAAACAAAAUUCCCUCAUAUUUUCUAAUAACCUUAAGGCUUUUUUCUUUCAAUUUGUGAUCAAUCUGGAAUUUAAUACAGGGUAGAGUAGGGAUCCAGCUAAAUGUUUUGUUAAAUGGUUAUCCAAACGUCACCAAAGAAUUUCAAGAAAUAUAAUUCUGUCAUUAUAUUUGGAUCUUCUUUAUAAUUUCCUAUUUUUAAUUUGUUUUUCUUGUUCCUAUGCCAUCCUUUUUUUUUUUUUUUUUUAGUUUU